GAAGGAGGGGUAGGAGGAGGGGGCUGGUCAAGGGAAGUGCGACGUGUCUGCGGAGCCCUUUUAUACCUCCCUCCCGGGAGUCCCGCAGCCGCCGCCACCGCCACCGUGCUUCCUAGCGUCUCGCCUCCAGGAGCCGGCUCCGAGUUCCAGCGCGCCGGGCGCCGCCGCAGCCAGCCAGCAUGUCGGGGGCCAAGAAGCAGAAGACGGAGAACCAGCAGAAAUCCACCAAUGUCAUCUAUCAGGCCCACCACGUGAGCAGGAAUAAGAGAGGGCAGGUUGUUGGAACAAGGGGCGGAUUCCGAGGGUGUACCGUGUGGCUGACAGGUCUCUCUGGUGCUGGAAAAACCACGAUCAGCUUUGCCCUGGAAGAGUACCUCGUCUCCCACUCCAUCCCUUGCUACUCUCUAGAUGGGGACAACGUCCGUCAUGGCCUUAACAAAAACCUUGGAUUCUCUUCCGGAGACAGAGAAGAGAAUAUCCGCCGGGUUGCCGAGGUGGCCAGGCUGUUUGCUGACGCUGGGCUGGUCUGCAUUACCAGCUUCAUUUCUCCUUUCACAAAGGAUCGCGAGAAUGCCCGCAAAAUCCACGAAUCAGCUGGACUGCAGUUCUUCGAAAUAUUUGUAGAUGCGCCUCUAAAUAUCUGUGAAAGCAGGGACGUAAAAGGCCUGUACAAACGAGCCCGAGCAGGGGAGAUCAAAGGAUUUACAGGCAUAGAUUCUGAUUAUGAGAAACCUGAAACACCUGAGCUUGUGCUUAAAACCAACUUGUCCUCAGUGAGCGACUGUGUCCAGCAGGUAGUGGAACUUCUGCAAGAGCAGAACAUUGUACCCCAUACUGUAAUCAAUGGCAUCCAUGAGCUCUUUGUACCAGAAAACAAACUGGACCAAGUCCAAGCUGAGGCUGAAGCUCUCCCUUCACUGUCAAUCACCAAGCUGGAUCUUCAGUGGGUCCAAGUUUUGAGUGAAGGCUGGGCCACUCCCCUCAGAGGUUUUAUGCGAGAGAAGGAGUACUUGCAGGUUAUACACUUCGGCACCCUGCUAGAUGACGGAGUGAUCAACCUGAGCAUUCCCAUUGUACUGCCCGUCUCUGCGGAUGAUAAGACGCGGCUGGAAGGGUGCAGCAAGUUUGUCCUGACCCACGGUGGACGGAGGGUGGCUAUCUUACAAGAUCCUGAAUUCUACGAACAUAGAAAAGAGGAGCGUUGCUCCCGUGUGUGGGGGACAAUGUGUGCGAAACAUCCUCAUAUCAAAAUGGUGAUGGAAAGUGGGGAUUGGCUGGUUGGCGGAGACCUUCAAGUGCUGGAGAGAAUAAGGUGGAAUGAUGGGCUGGACCAGUAUCGCCUGACACCUCUGGAGCUCAAACAGAAAUUUAAGGAAAUGAAUGCUGAUGUGGUGUUUGCCUUCCAGCUGCGCAACCCUGUGCACAAUGGCCACGCUCUGCUGAUGCAGGACACCCGUCGCCGGCUCCUGGAGCGGGGCUACAAGAACCCGGUCCUUCUGCUCCACCCUCUGGGUGGCUGGACCAAGGAUGACGACGUGCCCCUGGACUGGCGGAUGAAGCAGCAUGCAGCUGUGCUGGAGGAAGGGGUCCUGGACCCCAAGUCAACCAUUGUUGCCAUCUUCCCAUCUCCCAUGUUGUAUGCUGGCCCCACAGAGGUCCAGUGGCACUGCAGGUCCCGAAUGAUCGCUGGGGCCAAUUUCUACAUUGUGGGCCGGGACCCUGCAGGAAUGCCGCACCCUGAGACCAAGAAAGACCUGUAUGAAGCCACUCACGGGGGCAAGGUCCUGAGCAUGGCCCCUGGCCUCACCUCUGUGGAAAUCAUUCCGUUCCGGGUGGCUGCCUACAACAAAGUCAAAAAGGCAAUGGACUUCUACGAUCCAGAAAGGCACAGCGAGUUUGACUUCAUCUCAGGAACCCGUAUGAGGAAGCUGGCCCGGGAAGGAGAGAACCCCCCAGAUGGCUUCAUGGCCCCCAAAGCAUGGAAGGUCCUGACAGAUUAUUACAGGUCCCUGGAGAAGAGCAGCUAAAUGCCCCAGAGUUUCUUUCUCACGUGCUUUUUGGUUCCCUCUUCUAUUUUUGUGAUCAGAUGCUUUCACAUCCAAUUGCUUCUCAAUAACUGAUUUUAGUGUUUUAUAAUGAGGUAAAAAUUAUUUAAAAUUUAAAGUCAACGUCAAUAUAUAUAUAGGAAAAUGUCAAACCGAAGACCAAAUCUUAGCAGGUAAAAGCAAUAUUGUUAUCACUUUAGAAUGAAAUUAUUUGUAUUGUCUACUGCACCUGAGCAGGUAGGCCCCAGAUUUUGUAAAGUUCUGACCAUGUGUCUCAUUUACUUGCUAGGAAGUAAAGCAUAUUUUCCAGGUUAAGUUUUGCCAACCUACACUCUCCCAAUGUCACAUACCAGUAAAAAAAUAAAUCAUUAGAGCAACCUCUUCUAUACAAAUGACAAAAAAAAUUUCUCAUCCCGAAUGAGGUGUGGCUCAUGUCAAGAUUCUUCCUAAUAUUUCACCUCAUGCUCUGUCCAGUCUUACUGCUCAGGUCUCUUAUAUGCUGAAGGAUGACCUGAGUGGAGAAACCAAAUGUGUGACAAUGUGAAUGUAAUCUCAGAGAUCUGUGCAACCUACUUAUGGCACUGAAGUUACAUUAUCUAAUAAGGGAAGUCUUAUUGCACUUCUGUGAAUAAUAUAACUCCAGUUAAACAGUGCCUUUUCAUUAAAUAGCAUAGAGUGCUUUGAUGAAAGAUUUCCACCCAGGACCAUCUGGCAAUAUUGUGGAAAGUGACUUUUUCUCCUCUUUGCUGUGGUCAUUGUGUCCUGUGAAGAAGCUGUGCCUAUAGACUGCAGCGGCAUCAGCUGUAACCAAAAACCAUUCACACCACCAGACUCGUGAGCUGCUAGAACUGGGAAAGAUCGCAGAAAACACCAAAUCCAACCCCUUCACCUUACAGGUGACCAGACUAAGACAAUGUACAAGCAUAUGUUUGUGAGCUACUGAGUGCUGCAGCAAAACCCAAAACUGGCAUUGUUGGGAAAUGCUGGUGGCAUUGACCAGGCCACGUGACUCUGUCUGGACCUCCAUCUGCUAGUACAACCCAAAAGCCAGGUCUGACUUGCCUCAGCUGCUUACUGAAGCUCCGUGAAUAGAGGGCACUUACGCAGCAGCCUUCUUGGGUGCUGAAAGGCCCAGAGUUUUAAAUCCAGCUGAUUUUAUUAGGGGGAAAAGAAAUUUCUUUUUUCAAAGACUUACUGCUGUUCUGAGACAUCUAACCUCAAUGACUUUACCUCCUGGGAGGCAAUUUUUGUACUUUAUGCAUAAUUCCUGGUGCUAAGGGAUAUUUGAAGAAACAGUACCUUAUAUACAUAGGUCUCUCUGGAAGAGACUUAAACUGGGAAGAGAAAACUGUGAUUUUUUAAAAACAUUGUUUUUUAAAAAUGCUAAUCUUAGCUAAUGAAGGUUCUUUUAAGAAUAAUAUACAAUGGCCACAGCAAAAGUGUAACUCUUUAAUAAUAGAGUGCCUAUAUUCAUUUCAUCAGAGGUACUCACAACUGCCUUUAAAAAAAAAGUGUAUUUAUUGAAAACAUGAGACAACCAGUAGUGCCUUAACCCAUGUAUUUUGUGAUUUUUAAAAAUAUUUAAAACUGCCCUUCUGCCCUAGUGCCACACAGUGCAAAUGACUAGUGGUAUGUAUAACUGAUGCUUAUUCUUAGUUUAAUAAAUUUCUCAGAAUGAAAGCUGAGUCUUUUCUGCCUAUAACAGAGUGUGGGUUGACCACAUGACCGUUGAGAGCUUUGUGACUUCAUAUAAUCGGAAACAGCAGUGACUCUGUUUCAGACUAUAAUUACUGGGCUGUUGACCUUACCCAUGUCUUUAGCAACUGCUCUAGCUGUGAGUGACACAGCACUACAGUAGUAUUUUCAGAGGUUGACUGGGUUCCUCAGGGACCUCCCCCCACGAUUGCACUGCAUGAAGAUCUGAAUUUUUUUUUUUUCCUAACUUGCUCCCUUUUUCCCAAAGUGUCAUCAAAGAGUACUUACUACCAGCAGGGUUGGAAGCAGUUGUUUUUUUUUUUUUUCACAGUAACCCACAUCUUCACUAACCUCAGCAGCUGCUACUUUUGUAUGCAGAAAGGAUGCCUGUUUCCACCCAUUGUUUCAGUG